AUGAAUUCAACAUCAUUUUCCCAGGUUGAAAACCAUUCAAUCUUCUGUAAUUUUUCAGAGAAUUCCCAGUUUUUGGCUUUUGAAAGUGAUGAUUGUCACCUGCCCUUGGCCAUGAUAUUUACAUUAGCUCUUGCUUACGGAGCUGUAAUAAUUCUUGGGGUCACUGGAAACCUGGCCUUGAUCAUGAUCAUCUUGAAACAAAAGGAGAUGAGAAAUGUUACCAAUAUCCUGAUUGUGAACCUUUCCUUCUCAGACUUGCUUGUUGCCAUCAUGUGUCUUCCCUUCACAUUUGUCUACACCUUAAUGGACCACUGGGUUUUUGGUGAGGCGAUGUGCAAAUUGAAUCCUUUUGUGCAAUGUGUUUCAAUCACCGUGUCCAUUUUCUCUCUGGUUCUCAUUGCUGUGGAGCGCCAUCAGCUGAUCAUCAACCCACGAGGGUGGAGACCAAAUAACAGACAUGCUUACGUAGGUAUUGCGGUCAUUUGGGUCCUUGCUGUGGUUUCGUCUCUACCUUUCCUCAUCUAUCAAGUAUUGACCGAUGAGCCGUUCCAGAAUGUAACACUUGACGCGUUCAAGGACAAAUACGUGUGCUUUGAUAAAUUUCCAUCGGACUCCCAUAGGUUGUCCUAUACAACUCUCCUCUUGAUGCUGCAGUAUUUUGGCCCACUCUGUUUUAUAUUUAUUUGCUACUUCAAGAUAUAUAUACGCUUGAAAAGGAGAAACAACAUGAUGGACAAGAUGAGAGACAAUAAGUACAGGUCCAGUGAAACCAAAAGAAUCAACAUCAUGCUGUUGUCCAUCGUGGUAGCGUUCGCCGUGUGCUGGUUGCCUCUCACCAUCUUCAACACUGUGUUUGACUGGAAUCAUCAGAUCAUUGCCACGUGCAACCAUAACCUGUUAUUCCUGCUGUGCCACCUUACGGCCAUGAUAUCCACUUGUGUCAACCCCAUAUUUUACGGAUUUCUGAACAAAAAUUUCCAGAGAGACUUGCAGUUCUUCUUUAACUUUUGUGAUUUCCGGUCUCGGGAUGAUGACUAUGAGACGAUAGCCAUGUCUACCAUGCACACAGAUGUUUCUAAGACUUCUUUGAAACAAGCAAGCCCAGUCGCAUUUAAGAAAAUCAACAAUGAUGACAAUGAAAAAAUCUGA